CACACGUUCUGCGGUAACGAGCUAUGACCCCUGAAUCUUCUGCAACGCCGAUCCUCGAGGAAGCUUCAACCCCAGCGCAAUCCACAAGACCAAUUCUGAAGUACAAGUUUGAAGGACACAAGGAGAGGAUUUGGUGUUUCGUUUUCUUACACGACAACAUCCAUAUCAAAGGCGAGGGGGGGUGGAUACAUGUACUGGCGCUUUCACCAGAUGGGAAGGUAAUCGCGUGCGGGAGGGAGGACGGAAGCGUUCAGCGGUGGACUACCGACGGAAAGAGGAUUCAAGGCGUUUGGACGGGCCAUAGCGAAUGUGUGCGGUCGCUCUCGUGGUCACCCAGCGGAAGUCAUAUUGCCAGCGGAUCCGAAGAUGGAACAAUCCUCAUUCGAAGAGUAGACAGUGGUGGGGUCGAGGUGGGCCCGAUCAACACGACGCAGAUUGGCGCGUGGAGCCUUGCAUACUCACCUUCUGGAGAGAGAAUUGUAUCAGGCGGGUGGAACAGAACAAUUUGCAUCUGGAACACGAAAACCGGCGAGCUCGUCGUCGGCCCAAUACAAGACUUGGGAAAGCACUAUGUGACGUCGGUGGUAUGGUCGUCUGAUAGCACUAAAAUCUAUUCCGCAUCAGACAGAUUCGCACGCGUGCUUGAUAGCACAUCAGGCAAUCUACUCCAUUCCUUCGAGCACAACGAUACCCUGUAUUCAGUCGCACUUUCUUCCAAAGACAACGUCCCGGCGUGCGUGGGCCUCGAAGGUAUUGCACAGCUAUGGGACACAGAGUCCCAUCAGCCACUCGGCCAGCCAUUCCACCAGGAGUAUAACGAACGGCUUCUCUGCGUGUCGUUCUCUCGAGACGAGAGAUACGUAGCAUAUAGCGGAGAUGACAAUAAACUCACUCUAUGGAUGCUCAAAGACAUAGCUCCUCAGCUUCCGGCAUCCACACCACCCCAACAAAGUGAUGGGCAAAACACACAGGAGGAAACUUGGUCUAACUCCUCAUUAUCAUCUUGUCUAGACGCUGAUGCUACCGGGGGUGGUGGCUUCAUUGAGGAGACACACGACGACCCAUACAACAACUUCUUCCAGGUAAAAACUCUUAUUUCAUCUAAGGGUACUAACAUUGACAACAAGUAUUUGAAGUCUUCGCAGCAAUCUCUUCCAUCACCAUCGCCUGGGUCCCAUCUCCCACAUCUGUUUUCAAUUCGUCGCUUUUGGAAUGUCAUCUCUCGACGUCGCCCACCACCAGAUGAGUCCGUUCCAAAACAUCGCCCCAAGCUUGGUUUCCUUAGUAGUCGUGACUCCAUCAAAAACGUCCCUGGAGCUCGCAGCCAUUAAACCCAACCAACCAGUCCCAGAAGGUAAAGUGAGAGAAGGCGAAGGCGAACAAGGUGUCAAUGUCGAUGAUGUAAGUGCUAUUUCGACGUUUCAACUCUCACAUACCGUCAUCUCAACACGAC